GUUGUGCGCAUGUUGUAAUGUUAGAUACCGGUGAAACCUGUUGCUUCGCCUUUAUUGGAAAAAGUGCAGUCUGGGAAUCACAUUCAGCUGUGUAGGCCAUUUGACGCCAUGAAAAAAACAGACACAUUCAUGUACAAUGUACAUAUGUUCGAAUUUUUUUCCUCUAAUUAUGGACAAAUCUAAAGUUUCACGUGAAAGAAAGAAAUGUAGGGAUUCUCUUCGAAGAAAGCAAUGCAAUGACUGUGAUCUGGUAGCCUACUCCUUUGAUGGCAGAAAAAACAACUCUCUGACAAGCGAAGAAGAAAAUGAAAGGUAUCAUCCAAGAAUGGUAAAAGAAUCACACUUAGUGGUUCUUAAAGAGCCUGCGAGCAGAUUGUUGGGUUACGUAAAAGUCGACGCCGAGGACGCUAAAACAAAACAGAGGCAAUUGUGCGAGUUCCUUAUAGAAAACAAUAUGUCCCUUGAGGGACUGAUUGGAAUUUGCUGUGAUGGAGAAGCAACAAACACAGGUUCUGAAAAUGGAAUUUUAAAGAGAUUCGAAGUCAUGUUGAGUAGACCAUUGCACUGGUUUGUUUGUUUAUUACACUUUAAUGAACUUCCACUUCGUCACUUGUUCACCGCAUUGGAAAAGUCCACUACAAGCGGGCCGCGCACAGCUAGUGGGAUAAUAACAAAGCAAAUCGAAACAUGCGAGCAAAUGGCGGCUGUAUCCGACUUUGAGGCCAUUUCGUUGGGAUAUAUGCCCCCACCCAUUCAUGAAAAAACGCUCUCGACUGACGUUCAGUACUUGUCUCGAAUGGCAAAUGUAGUUUGUGAUGGUUUCUGCCCCGAAAAUUUAGCCAGUAUGAAACCGGGACAAAUUGUGCACUCUCGAUGGCUAAAAAGGCAAGCAGAUUCUUACGUUUAUAUGUGACAACUAGCUCACCAUCAGCGAAUUUAAAAACUUUGGCAACUGACAAAAUGAAAGUUUACGUACCGAUGUACUUUAACAUUAAGUUCUACAACUCAGUAGAAUACGGCAGUCUCUUUUUUUUUAAUUUAUACAGCCCACGCGAUAUUUACCACCAACGCUGCGAGAAAUUGUUAACACUGUAAUCCAAAAUAAUUCAUAUUUCGCUCAUCCUGAUCAUAUCUUACUGGCAAUGCUUUAUGAUAAGAGAAAAGAUGUUCGCGAAGAGGCAGAAAAAAGAUACAAAAAGAUUAUCGUGAUAAAGUUUGUGAUCCGACUAAUCUAAGGGUUUAUGAUAAAAAGCACGCACGAUGACAGUGUUUUAUCUGAGCUUCCAUUCUCAGCAAACAUUCCAUACGAACACCUGUUGAAGUUAAUUGAGUCCGAUGAUGCGCCGCUUCCUGACCCAGGUAUUCCAUGUUAUACCCAAGCAACUGAGCUUUGUGUACAGCUUCUGACUACAGUUUCCCGACGCGCAAUUGCAAAGAAUAGAGACGAUAUCAUGGCCGUAACUGUAGAAAGUCGCACUACAACACCACGCAUGGAAUCCAAAAAAGACUUUAAAACCUAAAAAAACUAAAAUUAGAAAAGAUUCCCAGUCAUCAGCAAAAAACCAAUGUCUGUAACAUGCGUCACCAAAAACAUUUAAUUUUUUGAAAACUUAAUUACAAUA